CCUCCGUGCGCCCAGCCUCAGCAUCUCUGCUCAGCGGCACUUGGGCGCCAGACAAGUAGGACGUUUUCUCCCGCCGCUCCAGAGGACGAGACAAGAUCCGGGAUUUACCGAGACCCUCCAUCCGUCCCGAAGUCGCAUUUUGCAAAGAUGAACGUAGGCUGCGCCAUCCUGGCGUGCACCUUAUUCGCGGGAGCGUCCUGGGGGACUAAGGCGGGCCUGUCCAUGAAACCUCCAUGCAGACCAGGCUUCUCCCAGAACUUCUACACAGUCAUAGUCCCCAGACUGGUACUGCAUGGUCAGAACAUUCUCAAAGUCAAGUUCGAGGACUGCCAGCACAGCAGGGAGGUGGGCUUUGUUAGCAGCGAGCCCAACUUCGGCGUGAGGCCUGAUGGGACGGUGUACGCCGAGCAGGAGUUUUCCAACCUGUCGGAGCCCGUCCAGUUCAUGGUGACGGCCCGGGAGCUCUUUGACCCCCACAUCUGGGAGACCACCGUUAAGCUGGCGCCACCUGGACACGCCCACACUUUACCCCUGACGAAGGUUGGCAUCGAAGAAAUGCUAUCAAGAGUGUGGGACUCCCAGCCCAGAGUCAUCAAGUUUGCCCGCAAGCACCAGAGAAGUUCCUAUGCUAAUGGCCUAAGACGACAGAAGAGGGACUGGGUCAUCCCACCCAUCAAUGUUCCGGAGAAUUCCAGAGGGCCCUUCCCGCAUAUGCUUGUCAGAAUUCGCUCAGACCAGGACAAGGAUGUGGGAAUCCGCUACAGCAUCACCGGGGCAGGCGCCGACCAGCCCCCCAGUGGCAUCUAUAAUAUUGACCCUAUUAGUGGCAACAUGUUCGUCACCCAACCCUUGGACAGAGAAGAAAGAGCCUCCUUCCACUUGCGAGCCCAUGCGGUGGACAUGAACGGCAACCAGGUGGAGAACCCAAUAGAUUUGUACAUCUACGUCAUCGACAUGAACGACAACCGACCAGAGUUUAAGAACCAGGUGUACAACGGCUCUGUGGCCGAAGGAUCCAAGCCAGGCUCAUCGGUUAUGCAAGUGACAGCCAGCGACUCAGACGACUCCACCACAGCCAACGGCAUGGUUCGAUACCGCAUCCUCUCCCAGACCCCCCACAGUCCGAUUCCCAACAUGUUCACCAUCAACAGUGAGACCGGAGACAUCGUGACGGUUGCAGCCGGCCUGGACAGAGAGAAAGUCUCCCAGUACACCAUUAUUGUCCAGGCCACGGAUAUGGAGGGAAACCUCAACUUUGGCUUGUCCAACACGGCCACCGCCUUAAUCUCCAUUACGGACAUCAACGAUAAUCCCCCGGAACUGACCGUCAGGACGUUUUCCGGAGAGGUUCCGGAGAACAAGGUGAACGUGGUGGUGGCCAACCUGACGGUGGUGGACAGAGACCAGCCUCACAGCCCCAACUGGAACGCCGUGUACCGCAUCGUCAGUGGAGACCCCUCCGGCCAUUUCACCAUCCGUACCAAUCCUGUGACCAACGAGGGGAUGCUGACUGUCAUUAAGCCCGUGGACUUUGAGAUGAACCGGGCCUUCAUGCUGACCGUGGUCGUGUCCAACCAAGCCCACCUGGCCAGUGGCAUCCAGUCGUCCCUUCAGUCCACAGCGGGGGUCACCAUCUCAGUGCAGGACGUCAACGAGCCGCCCGUCUUUCCCGUGAACCCCAAGAUGAUCCGCUUCGAGGAAGGUGUUCCGGCGGGGACCACCCUGACUGUGUUCUCUGCUCAGGACCCGGACCACUUCGUCCAUCAGAUUGUCAGGUACUCCAAGCUAUCGGAUCCAGCCAACUGGCUGAAGAUCAACAGGACCAACGGUCAGAUCACCACGAUGGCCCUGCUUGACCGAGAGUCCAUGUACGUCAAAAACAACGUCUAUGAGGCCACCUUUCUGGCCUUCGACAAUGGUAAGUCUGGUUCGCCCCAAGCCAGCGGGACGGGAACCCUCCAGAUCUACCUGAACGAUGUGAACGACAACCCACCAGUACUGAUCCCGCAGGAGGCCCAAGUGUGUCAACGGGCACGCUCCAAUUCCAGGAUAAAUAUCACCGCUUCGGACGCCGACUCCGACCCCAACGUGGGCCCGUUUGGGUUCGACCUGCCGUCCUUUCCUCCCAGCGUGCGCCACAACUGGACCAUUAGCAGACUUAGCGGCGACCACGCUCAGCUCCGAUUGAGGAUUCCCUACUUGGAGGCCGGCGUCUACGAGAUUCCCAUCACCGUGUCCGAUUCCGGGAACCCCCAACUGUCCAACCGCUCCAUGAUCAGAAUCAAAGUGUGUCCCUGCGACAACAACGGGGACUGCAGCGCCACGGGGGCCGUGGCGGCCGCCGGCCUCGGGACGGGGGCCAUCAUCGCCAUACUCAUGUGUAUCAUCGUGCUGCUCAGCAUGGUGCUCCUGUUCGUGGUGUGGAUGAAGCGCCGGGAGAAGGAAAAGCAGGCCAAGCCGCUGCUGAUCGACCCCGAAGAUGAUGUCAGAGACAAUAUUCUCAAAUACGACGAGGAAGGCGGAGGAGAGGAAGAUCAGGACUACGACCUGAGCCAGCUCCAGCAACCAGAGUCUCUGGACCACAUCAUCAGUAAGCCAACAGGAGUACGCAGGGUGGAUGAGAGGCCCGUCAUCCCCGAGUCGCAGUAUCCCGUUCGACCCAGCCUGCCCCACCCUGGAGAUAUCGGCGACUUCAUUCAUGAUGGUCUUCGGGCGGCAGACAACGACCCCACAGCCCCCCCUUAUGAUUCCCUGCUGGUGUUCGACUACGAGGGCAACGGUUCAACCGCCGGUUCGGUCAGCUCACUCAACUCCACCAGCUCAGGGGACCAGGACUACGACUACCUCAACGACUGGGGGCCUCGAUUCAAGAAGCUGGCUGACCUCUACGGAGGAGGGGACGAUGACUGAGAGCGGAGGUGGGGCGGGGGAGGGUGCGGGGUCUUCGGGGUCUUGAAUGCCAGGAACGUGACCCAGGCCCACAUGGCGGGAGCGGACCCUCACACGGGCCGCAUUGGCUCACCGGAAGUCUGGAAGCAUCGAUUCCACGGCAACUGUGUUCUGGCUUUAUACUUGUCUAUGGCAAAUUUGUAGGGUGGUGUUUUUAUGUUCUCUCGCCGUGCUGGACCCCAAGCUGGACCCCAGCUGGACCCUGAGCUGCCUGGGGACGAAUCAAGGCGGCACUGAGAGGCACACGUGCUGAACUUCUGCUUUUAAUGAUUGUUUCAACGACAAACAUACAAUCUGUUGCUUUAGUCUGACACUGAAGAGAAUGUUUGUGGGAAGAUACCCUCGGACUCGGACUCGGACUCGGACUUUACGCUCUCAACUUGAAUUUCCUUAGAACAGAAGCACUGUCAUUUUAUAAAGUGCCUUUUGUGCUGUGUUUUUCUAUCAGACUCCUGCUAUCUCAGGAUCGCUUGCCAUUCAUGCAGUACAGGGAAGGUCCUACCUUAUCAUUGCCCCCCCCCACCCACCCACCCACCCCCCUCGCGCCAAUCUUGCCUGUCAAUCUCCUUUCCCCUCGCAGGUCCGGGAGGGGGGCGCCGACCCGGGCACGCUUAGACCACUCAUGUGAGAUCCCACUCCAGAUGACCCGAUAAGAGUUGGCCAAACUUCUUCUCCACGGACAAAGAUCACCUGUCCGCGCAAACGCCGCCAUUAACUGACAUCGUGCGACGCCAUUUUUCUAGUGGUUUGGGAUUUGUAAAUUAGCGGGAACGCCUGCCUUCUUCUGCGGACUCUGGAAUUUAGGAGCCUUGAUGUUGAGAUGCUUGCCUGCCCUGUUUGGUUUCGUGUUGCUUUCUCCAAAGUGUAAGCGUACUUCUCGGCAUGAGCGGACGAAAGCGGGGACCUGAAAUGACUCGGAAUCGGAAUGAAGGCCGCCCGAAAUUCCACAAACAUUCCCGUUUUUACAGACCAACAAACACGAUUAAGGUGCAUGUUUUUUUUUUUUCUUUCUCCAAAUUGUUUUCCUCACAGCACUUAUUAGUAUGUGGUGAGAAUGUGAAAGUAGAAACUGUAUGGAUAUACUCUGUAUAAAGACACUGAGAAAAUAAAAUACUGUAACAUACCUCUUUUGGAAGUAUCCAUGACGUCAACUUUUCCCGUUGCGCUCCUUUGGGCCAACGUUCUUUCUUCUGAUGUGGUUUGCUUUUCUGUUCAUCUCUACACUACAAUACAGAUUCCAAUGCUUGCCUACAGAGUCUGUAGCCUCUUAUUUUACAUUUUGCAUACAGUACUUUAAAAAGUACUCCUUUUAUAUAGCCACCCACUUGUACUUCAGACAGUACGUAUUCCUCCCACUGGUCUCGAGCCAAAAGAACAAAAGAGAUUGACAGCUUAUGUCUGCGGGCCG